AUGAAGUCUGUCUUUGUCCUCGCUAUUGCUGGUCUUGUCGCCUCUGUCUCCGCACAGAGUCUCUCUGACUUGCCUUCAUGUGCUUUGACCUGUCUUACUACUGGUCUCGAAGCUACUAGCUGUAGCAUCACUGACUUUAAGUGUGCAUGCUCCAACACUGCUUUUGUUAGUGGAUCAGCGACAUGUAUCCAAAGUGCCUGUCCAGAGGCGGACCAGCAGAAAGCCCUUUCAGCUGCAGGUGCCCUUUGCUCUGCUGCAGGUGUUACCAUUCCAACCACCUUCCCGGCCACUGGCUCAACUCCUGCUACCUCCGCCGCUAGCUCUUCUGCUGCAGUAUCCUCCUCUGCAGCGGCCACCACCACUGCCACUGCUACCGCCACCACCACUGCAGCAGUUUCAUCCUCCGCAGCGCCUGUAUCCAGUGGCACCGUCGAGUCAUUCCCCACCGUCAUUGCCUCCGGCUCCUCAACCCUCACCACCAGCGCCAUUCCUUCGGCCUCUGCGACUGGAAACCUCACGUCCUCAGCCUCAGUCCCUGUUCAGACCACCAACGCUGCAAACCGCCUUGGAGGAAUGAGCGGACUUGCGGUUGCUGGGUUGGGUCUUGUUGGAUACAUGGCUCUUUAA